AUGGCCACAGCAAGAGUCAAAGAGAAAAAACCCUCCCUGAAGCAUGUAGAGUCUGCUAUCAGCCAGUUCUCUGAAAGUCUAGACCGCUACGAUCUGCCUAACGACAACGACGAACUGGAGCUCUGCUGCCAUGGAGACCACUGUGAUGGCAGGCCAGAAGAGACAAGAAUCAUUCCCUUUCAGGCGAUAUACAGCUUCCUCCCAUUUAAGUCACUGGACUCCAUGGUGUUCAUGGAGAAUGUUCCUAUUUUUGUCCGGGUGACAGAGGUGGAACGGUUCACAUCAACACUGAAGGUGCUGAAUCCCAAUCUCUACACGAUUGAGCUGAGCCACGGGGACUUCAUGUGGAAAAUCAAACGCCGUUUCAAGCACUUCCAAGCUCUUCAUCAGGAGCUGCUGAAGUUCAAGGCUCUUCUAAAGCUCCCCUUGCCAACUCGCAUCCACUCUGUUAGAAGACGCUCCCUCAAAUGCCACAAGAGCUUUCAUGGAGGACACAUCCCUGUGUUACCACGGAGACCAGACGCUCUGGUCAAAGAGGAGCAGCUCGCCAGUAGAAAAAUGCAGCUGGAGGACUACCUGAGAAACAUCCUGAAAAGAACCAUGUACAGGAUCCAUCCAGCGACGUUGGAGUUUUUGGAAGUCAGUCAGAUCUCCUUCAUUGAGGACCUGGGGCCCAAAGGAAUUGAAGGGUUAAUUUUGAAGAAGUCAGGAGGAAACACAUUUCCAGUGUGUUACUGGUGUGGAUCCAACAGUGUCUGUUACCGGUGGUCUAAAAGAUGGCUGGUGGUGAAGGACUCUUUUGUUCUCUACAUGAGGCCCAAGGAUGGCCAGGUGGGAACGGUGAUCCUCUAUGAUAAGGGCUUCCACAUCAAGAUAGGCACCCAGGAGACCGGCGUCCGCCACGGAGUCACCAUUGAGAACCUCUCCAGGACGCUGACAAUCAAGUGUUCCACCUAUCGUCAGGCCCGCUGGUGGGGCCACUCCAUCGAUGAGUUCUCCCAGAAGUAUGGGAAGGACUUCCUGAGGGAGAACCGCCAUGGGUCCUUUGCCCCUGUCAGGGAGAAAACAAUCACCCAGUGGUUUGUCAAUGCUGCAGGCUACUUUGAUGCUAUUGCUGAUGCUUUGGAGGGAGCCAAAGAAGAGAUUUUUAUCACAGCCUGGUGGCUCAGUCCUGAAAUUUUCCUGAAGAGGCCGGUGGUUGAUGGCAACACCUGGAGACUGGAUUAUAUACUUAAAAGGAAAGCAGAGCAGGGGGUGAAGAUCUGUGUGCUGCUCUAUAAGGAGGUGGAGGUUAUAAUGGGCCUGAACAGCGAGUACACCAAGAAAACACUCUUAGACCUGCACUCCAACAUCAGGGUGAUGCGCCACCCAGACCACAUGCCCUCUACAGCACUGCUAUGGGCGCAUCAUGAGAAGACCGUUGUGAUUGACCAGUCUCUGGCUUUCCUCGGAGGCAUUGACCUGGCCUAUGGCCGCUGGGACGACUCCCAGCACAGGCUGACUGAUGUGGGCAGUGUGAGGAGGAGCCCUCAGCCCAGCCCAGGCCUCUCCCCAAAUCCUACCAUGAGAUCUCCCACCAUAGUGGAGGACGAUGAGGAGGAGCACAGCUACUCUGAGGUGCGAGACAUCCUGGCUGAUUUUGAAGGAAGAGCCAGGAAUCACAGAGGGGGUGGGAGUCAGGCGCAGCACAUAUACAGCAACCUUGCCCCACCAGUUGUGAUAGAUCCUGGGGAGGUCUAUAGCGCUGUCACCUUCCCUGACGCAGUCCAGCAGAGACCUUGGUAUGGAGGUGUGAUUCCUCCUGUUGUUGUAGGACAAGAGGAGGAAAGUGGAGGAGAAGAUCAGGGCAGCAGUACUCACAAAAGAGGAGCGUAUGAUGACAAGACCCUUCAUAGCCUGUACAAACACAAUCCAGCCUCUGAGGGGGGGGCACAGUCAAAGAAGGCAAGUAGUGGAGGCAGCCUGAGCUCCAGGAUGCUCCCCCAUCUACCACCCAGAGAUUGGUACAACAAAAGUCUGUCUCUGCGCUCCAGUGAGUCUGGAUCCCUUGGCCUCCAUUACUCCUUACCGCUGCCUUAUGAGACAGGCUCCCUGCGGAGCCACAUCAGUAAUAAUGAGCUGUGUGGAGAGGCGCGUUUCUGGCACGGUAAAGACUACUGCAACUUCAUCCUCAAGGACUGGGUCAAGCUCAACAAACCAUUUGACGACUUUAUUGACAGGUACAAAACUCCCAGAAUGCCUUGGCAUGAUAUAGGGGUGGCAGUACAGGGCAAGGCGGCGAGGGAUGUAGCCAGGCAUUUCAUUCAGAGAUGGAAUUUUACAAAGCUGGUGAAAAAGCGUUCAGGUGCGAUGUGCUUCCCCUGCCUGUUGCCCAAGUCUCUCUCUGCCAGCACGGUGCUUCCACCCCGGUGGGGGAGACACACAGAGGCUAACGUCCAGGUGCUGAGAUCAGUUGGCCAGUGGUCGAUCGGAUCGAAGGUCCACGAGGAAUCCAUCCACCUAGCCUACAUCUCUGCCAUCCAAAACAGCAAGCACUUCAUAUACAUUGAAAACCAGUUCUUCAUUAGCUGUGCAGACAGAACCAUCCACAACUGCAUUGGGGAUGUACUGACAGAGCGGAUCCUACGAGCGUAUAGGGAGAAAAUGCGUUUUCGAGUGUAUGUGGUGAUGCCGCUGCUGCCAGGGUUUGAAGGUGACAUCUCAUCAGGAGGGGGCCAAGCCAUCAAAGCCAUCAUGUACUUUAAUUACAGGACCAUGUGUCGGGGGGAGCACUCCAUCAUCGAGAGACUGAAAUGUGUGAUGGCUGACUGCUGGAUCAACUACAUCUCGUUCUGUGGACUGCGGACUCACGCUGACCUGGAUGGCCGGCUGGUCACCGAGCUCAUCUACGUCCACAGCAAGCUGCUCAUAGUAGAUGACAGGACUGUCAUCAUCGGCUCGGCCAACAUCAAUGACAGGAGCAUGCUGGGAAAGCGUGACAGUGAGAUGGCGGUGGUGGUGGAGGAUACAGAGAUGGUCACCGGGGUCAUGGAUGGAGAGAGCUACCAAGCUGGGAAGUUUGCCUUGUCUCUCAGGGAGGAGUGUUUCAGGCUGGUCCUAGGGCUGCUGAGUGACUCCAGUGUGGACAUCAGUGAUCCGGUCAGUGACCAUUUCUACAAGGAAGUUUGGAUGGUGACUGCAGCCAGGAAUGCCAGUGUGUACGAUCGAGUAUUCAGGUGUUUGCCGACUGACGCCAUUUUAAACUACAAGAUCCUGAGGGAGUAUGUGUCCCGCCCCUGCCUGGCCCACGAGGACCCAGUAUUGGCCUGUGAGGAACUCCGAAAGGUGCGGGGCUUCCUGGUUCAGUUUCCCUUCUUCUUUCUGUCAAAGGAGAACCUUUUUCCCUCCUUCAACUCUAAGGAAGGCAUGAUGCCCAUCGAGCUGUGGACAUAGACUGACUCGGUCCAGUGCAGUGAGUAAAGCCUCAACAGUUCAGCAACAGUUCCGUUUUUUUUUAUAUUAUUUUCUCAUAUUCUAUUCGCUCUGUGGAGGACAGAUACAGACUGAUGCCACUGUGAGACUGUACUUCAAUAUUGUUCGCUACCUCACUGUAUUGAUAUUUUUCAGUUGACUAUGUUUUGCAAUGACAAUGAAUCUUGCUACUAAAUGUUUUUAAAUUAUGGUAA